AGGUAGGAGCUGGGCUUGUGGGUGCGUGUGGCAAUUCAUGCACAUCCCUUGAUACUGGCCCUGCACUGCUCCCACAGGCUUUUCCCGGCUGGUUGGUGGCGAUGGAGCCUGUGCCGGGCGGCUGGAGGUGCGUCAGGGCCGGGCCUGGGUCGGUGUCUGUAAGGAUCAGGUGGACAUGAAGGUGGCCCAGGUGGUGUGCAGGGAACUGGGCUGCGGUGAGGUGAUCUCGAUGAACAGCAGUGGCCGUUUUGGGGCAGCAUCGGGAUCGCUCUGGGACGGGGGCUUCCAGUGCAAUGGCACCGAGCCCCUCCUCAGUGCCUGUGCCCGGCGUGCGCCCCUCAGCCAGGGCUGCACCGGCCCUGCCAGCGUCAUCUGCUCCUCCUACACGGGCUUCCGCCUGGGGAACAGCAGCUCGAGAUGCUCCGGGCGAGUGGAGGUGGCAGUGAGGGGGACGUGGGGCUCCGUGUGCGCCAGCGAGUGGCAGCUGCCCGAUGCGCAUGUCCUGUGCCGGCACCUGGGCUGCGGCCGCGCAUUCAGCGUGCCCCCGGGAGGCUCCUUCGGCAGCGGGGAGGGGCCGCUGUGGCCGGACGCCUUCGGCUGCAGCGGGAGCGAGCGGCACCCGGGCGAGUGCCCCGUGGCCGUGCUGGGGAAGCCCCCCUGUGCCCCUGGGAACGCCGCCGCCGUCAACUGCUCAGGCAAGCGCGAGUCCCUGCGGCUGGUGAUCGGUGAGACGCGGUGCGAUGGGUGGCUGGAGUUGGCCAUAAGCACCGGGGACUGGCGCCGUGUGCCUGGAGAGGUUUUGCUCGUGCAGAAUUUGAGCAAUGUGUGCUGGGAGCUAGGCUGUGGAGGACUGGAGAACAGUUAUGCUGUCCCUGGAACAGCCUACCUGAGAUCCCUCAGUAGCACAGAGGAGGACAACAUGGUAAACGUGGUCAAAACCAUCAAGAGGAAGACCACAGAGCUGUCUAAGAGGUCCGAAGGGCUGCCGGAGUACUACUUUCUGGAUGACUUUAUACCUGACUGGAUGACCACUGCCCCAGCUGGUACCCCUCAUGGGACCAACAUUGUCUGCUCAGGCAGCCUGCAGGUGAGGCUGGUGGGGAGCUCUGGGCGCUGUGCCGGGCGUGUGGAGGUCUAUUCCCGUGGCACGUGGAGCUCGGUGUGCCAGGAAGGCUGGGAGCUGGCGGACGCGGCCGUUGUGUGCCGGGAGCUGGGCUGUGGCACGGCACUGGAGGCGCGGAGCUCGGGGCGCUUGGGUGCCGGCACGGGGCCGCUGUGGCCGUACAUCCCCGACUGCUCCGGGUCCGAGGAGUCUCUCUGGGAAUGCGGGCGCACGGAGCGGCGCGAGUGCGGGAGCGGCGGCGGGGCAGGGGCCGUCUGCUCAGAGCAGCUCUCCGUGCGGCUGGCGGGGGGCCCUGGGCGCUGCCGGGGGUUCCUGGAGGUGUCCUACAAUGGCACUUGGGGCCGCGUGUGCGCCAACGGCACCAGCCCCGGCACCGCCGCUGCCGUCUGCCGCCAGCUGGGCUGUGGGGACUGGGGCCAGAUCGCAGCUGGACCUCCCCAGGAGCCGAGCGAGGCCUGGCUGGCCUGGGUGGGCUGUGAGGACGGGGCCCGCUCGCUCUGGGGGUGCCCCUCGGCACCCUGGACCUGCAGGAGCUGUGACACCGGCGGGCACGUCCAAGUGGAGUGUGAGGAGGACAGUGAUGGCACCACUGAGGGACACACGACCCCGUAUCCAGAGGGUGCCACCAGCACAGGUGUCCCCAGGAGAAGGCGCCCGGCAGUGGCCGUGGGGACUGUGCCUGUGGCCACUGUGCUGUGCGUGGUGCUGGGGACGCUGCUGUGCCUGUCCCUGGGUGCCCUGGCCCUGCUGCUGUGCCGUGCCCGUGCCCGGCACCGAGGCGCUGGCAGAGCUGCAGAUGCCGUCUCCAACGCUGUCUACGAGGAGCUGGAUUACAAAGCCGUGCCCGAGUACCAGGAGGUGCCCACUCCCCCAGGUUCCCUGUUGGAGGGAUGGGUGAAGAAGCUGCCGUAUUACAGCGGGGACAGCGUGGAGGGGAGUGACACUGAGGCAGCCCCAGAUGCCCCUGCCUGGCCCGAGCCAGGAGCCCCGGAUGGCUACGACGAUGUCCUGGAUGUGGCCCAGGAGGCCCCCGUUGCCAGCACUGGGGACAUCUCGGAGGGUGUGGCACGGCAGAGGUGGAACGGUGUCCUCCCCACAGGUGGGAUCCACUCCUCUCCAAUUUCCCUAGGAGCCUCCAGGGACCCCUCGGAUCAGCCCCCUGGGCGCAUGGACUAUGAUGAUCAGCCCGCGGUGGCAGGGCAGCCGGGCCAUGGCCCCUGGCUGCGGCACGUCGUGCUCCAGGAGGUUCCCGAUGGUCAGGCCGGGCUGCAGUGCCCGGAGGGCGUCCAGCUCCUGCAGCAGGGCCCAGCUGAAGCCGUCCGUGCUCAGCCUGGGCGUGGAGGGGGCAGGAGCAGAGGAGAAGGUGCUGGAGCUUGUGGGGAGGGAGGUGCCGAAGCAGCCGCCAUGCCGGUGCGGCCCUGCCUGUCCCGCAGCCUGCGCUGCCCGGCUCGGGAAUGCCGGGCAUGGAAGGGGCCGUGGCGGGGCCCUGACUUACCCCAGGCUCCUCAGCGGGCAGGCGGGAUGCCGGAGCUGCUGGCAGAGCUGCAGGACGCCCUGGGCUCCCGGCUCGUUGUCCCUCAGGUUGAAGUCGCCUACAAGGACCCUCGGGAAAGACUGGCACAGCCUCCCGCGGGCCCCCAGAGGUAUCCGUGGACGCGGAGAUCUCCUGUCCCCUGCGGCCGGGCCAGCAGCCACGCACCCAGCCGGGCACUGCGCUCCGCAGCAAUCGGGUUUACCGAGGGAGACACCUGCGACUGCGGCAAUCGGAAACCUGGAGUGGAAGUGGUGAGGAAAUGUGAGUUCUGCGUGUGUGGCAGUGGGCGUUUGGGGAGCGUGCGGAGGCGCAGCUGCGAAGGGGCGCGGGUGGCAGCAGUGCAAGCGGAUCCCUGCGCUGGGAAUGCGCUGGCAGAGAGUCGUGCGCAGGGUGAGAGCGGGAAGUUUGCCGCCGGGCGCGGCGGGCGAGCUGCGGGGGGCCGGAGCGGCGGGGCAGGGGCGGCGGGGCCGCGGCGUCGGCGGCGGCAGCGCAGGUGCCGGGAGGGCGUGCGGUCGCCGGCGAAGCCGGGACCGCCGGGGGGUAAGCGCCUCCUUCGUGCCCUGGCGGCGAGGCGAGCGCGGGGCCGCAGCUGCGGCAGCAGCGCCAUGUGCCAGCGGCGCCGCGAGGGACCGGAUGUGGGCUGCAGCCCGUGCCGCCCGUCAGGAUGGCUGCUGGCAGGCUCCAGCAGCGGCGUUGGGGGCCCGGGGGAUGCAGGAAGGGCCCCCGCAGGGCAGGUGCUGUGGGGGGGGGGGCUGUCUCCCCCCGGGGACAUCCGGGUGCCAGCCCACUGUGGCGAGGUGUGUGACGGCAGAGGCGCGGGCGAGGCUCAUAUUUGGGCACGGAGCAGGUUAUUGGAGGCCGCGGCCCCGCGGCCGGGAGAUGAGGCGCCUGAUAAAGGCUGCUGCUGCCCCGGCGCCGCUGCGCGCGUCGGCUCGGGCGCUGGCGAGAGGCGGCCCGGCUGCGCUGGCUGGGGGCCGCUGGCCAUGGGGCCGCUGGCGGCGCUGGGGCUGCUCGUGUGCGUGCGGCUGUGUGCGGGCUCCGGGGAGCUGCGUCUGGUGGGCGGCGGCGGGCGCUGUGCCGGGCGCGUGGAGGUGAAGCACGGCGGUGAGUGGGGCUCCGUGUGCGCCUUCGACUUCGACUGGGAAGCUCGCUGGGCCGUGGUGGUGUGCCGGCAGCUGGGCUGUGGCCGGGUGGCCAGGGCGUCCCUGCACGCCCCGUUCGGGCAGGGCAGCGGGCGGAUCUGGCUGCAGCCCGUCUUCUGCAACGGCACCGAGGACGCGCUGGAGCGGUGUCCGCACUUCGGAUGGGGACGGCAUUUCUGCGGCCACGAGUGGGAUGUGGGGGUGACCUGCGCAGGUGAGGGGACACGCUGGCCGUGCAGGGACAGCCACACCUUGUGCUGGAGCAUGCCGGGCCGGUCUGAGGCGUGCCGCCGGUGCCCCUGCGCAGAUGCCGUGGAGCUGAGGCUGGCGGGCGGCGGCAGUCCCUGUGCCGGGAGGGUGGAGGUGAAGCUGCAGGGACACUGGGGCUCGGUGGCAGACGACAGCUGGGACAUGGAGGACGCCGAGGUGGUUUGCCAGCAGCUGGGCUGUGGCUCGGCUUCUGGUGCCUACUUUGCCCUCGAGCACUUCGGCGUAGGCCUUGGGCCCCUCAGCCUGGCCCUGGUGGACUGCAGUGGGGACGAGGCCACGCUCUGGGACUGCGAGAUCCGUGGCUGGGGACCCUAUAACAUCAGCAUUAGUGUCUUGGACACUGCUGUUGUCUGCCAAGGCUUUUCCCGGCUGGUUGGUGGCGAUGGAGCCUGUGCGGGGCGGCUGGAGGUGCGUCAGGGCCGGGCCUGGGUCGGCGUCUGUGAGGAUCAGGUGGACAUGAAGGUGGCCCAGGUGGUGUGCAGGGAGCUGGGCUGCGGUGAGGUGAUCUCGAUGUCCGGCAGUGGCCGUUUUGGGGCAGCAUCGGGAUCGCUCUGGGACGGGGGCUUCCAGUGCAGCGGCACCGAGCCCCUCCUCAGUGCCUGUGCCCGGCGUGUGCCCCUCAGCCAGGGCUGCACCGGCCCUGCCAGCGUCAUCUGCUCCUCCUACACGGGCUUCCGCCUGGGGAACAGCAGCUCGAGAUGCUCCGGGCGAGUGGAGGUGGCAGUGAGGGGGACGUGGGGCUCCGUGUGUGCCAGCGAGUGGCAGCUGCCCGAUGCGCACGUCCUGUGCCGGCACCUGGGCUGCGGCCACGCAUUCAGCGUGCCCCCGGGAGGCUCCUUCGGCAGCGGGGAGGGGCCGCUGUGGCCGGACGCCUUCGGCUGCAGCGGGAGCGAGCGGCACCCGGGCGAGUGCCCCGUGGCCGUGCUGGGGAAGCCCCCCUGUGCCCCUGGGAACGCCGCCGCUGUCAUCUGCUUAGGUGAAGGUUCUGUCACGUCCCUGAGGCUGGUGGAAGGUCAGAGCUUCUGUGAUGGGCGGCUGGAGGAGAGCAUAACCAGCCCAGGCUGGCGGCGUGUGCCUCUGGAGGACUGGAAGUCAUGGGAUGUCUACAUGAUAUGUGCGGUGCUGGGCUGUGGCUUUCCCAAGGACGUUUACAGUGCCUUGGGUGGGGCACCUGCAUUGAACAGCAGCUCCAGUGAGGUCGACAUCAUGACUGAAAGGAUGGACAGCAUUUCAGGUAUGGGCUCUGUGCUGAGCAGCAGCCCUGAGGAGACAGAUAACCAGCUGGAGGAGAUGGGUGAUAUCUCAAGUAUGGGCCCUGCACCAAACAGCAGCCUUGAUGAGAUGGUCAUUGUCUGCUCAGGCAGCCUGCAGGUGAGGCUGGUGGGGAGCUCUGGGCGCUGUGCCGGGCGUGUGGAGGUCUAUUCCCGUGGCACGUGGAGCUCGGUGUGCCAGGAAGGCUGGGAGCUGGCGGACGCGGCCGUUGUGUGCCGGGAGCUGGGCUGUGGCACGGCACUGGAGGCGCCGAGCUCGGGGCGCUUGGGUGCCGGCACGGGGCCGCUGUGGCCGUACAUCCCCGACUGCUCCGGGUCCGAGGAGUCUCUCUGGGAAUGCGGGCGCACGGAGCGGCGCGAGUGCGGGAGCGGCGGCGGGGCAGGGGCCGUCUGCUCAGAGCAGCUCUCCGUGCGGCUGACGGGGGGCCCUGGGCGCUGCCGGGGGUUCCUGGAGGUGUCCUACAAUGGCACUUGGGGCCGCGUGUGUGCCAACGGCACCAGCCCCGGCACCGCCGCCGCCGUCUGCCGCCAGCUGGGCUGUGGGGACUGGGGCCAGAUCGCAGCUGGACCUCCCCAGGAGCCGAGCGAGGCCUGGCUGGCCUGGGUGGGCUGUGAGGACGGGGCCCGCUCGCUCUGGGGGUGCCCCUCGGCACCCUGGCACCUGCAGAGCUGUGACACCGGCGGGCACGUCCAAGUGGAGUGUGAGGAGGACAGUGAUGGCACCACUGAGGGACACACGACCCCGUAUCCAGAGGGUGCCACCAGCACAGGUGUCCCCAGGAGAAGGCGCCCGGCAGUGGCCGUGGGGACUGUGCCUGUGGCCACUGUGCUGUGCGUGGUGCUGGGGACGCUGCUGUGCCUGUCCCUGGGUGCCCUGGCCCUGCUGCUGUGCCGUGCCCGUGCCUGGCGCCGAGGCGCUGGCAGAGCUGCAGAUGCCAUCUCCAACGCUGUCUACGAGGAGCUGGAUUACAAAGCCGUGCCCGAGUACCAGGAGGUGCCCACUCCCCCAGGUUCCCUGUUGGAGGGAUGGGUGAAGAAGCUGCCGUAUUACAGCGGGGACAGCGUGGAGGGGAGUGACACCGAGGCAGCCCCAGAUGCCCCUGCCUGGCCCGAGCCAGGAGCCCCAGAUGGCUAUGACGAUGUCCUGGAUGUGGCCCAGGAGCCCCCCGCUGCCAGCACUGGGGACAUCUCGGAGGGAGUGGCACGGCAGAGGUGGAUCGGUGUCCUCCCCACAGGAGCCUCCAGGGACCCCUCGGAACAGCCCCCUGGGCACAUGGACUAUGAUGAUGUCGGCAGCAGCGCCCUGGGGUCCUUGCCAUGAAGAUGUCCUGGCCAUGUCACAGCCCUGGGGACACGUGUGUGGCAGUGUGGUGGGGCCCUGUCCCUAGGGAGGGCUGGCCUUGCCCACAGAGGUCAGCCCUCGCUGCCCAGCACUGCAGGAAAGCAGCUCCUGUGUAGGGAUUCACUUGGAUUUCAGUGUGAAAUUUCCCUUUUUAUCCUAUUAAAAUCCAGAGUGGUCAGA